UAUAAAAUACUCUCCCAACCCACCCCCUACAAACCAUUCUCGAGCUUCAGAGAAAGAGCAAAGUAAAUAAAGAAUUAAUGGCAGAAAACAGGGAAGAGGAUGUUAGGCUUGGAGCCAACAAGUUUACUGAGAAGCAGCCUUUGGGUACAGCUGCUCAAACAGACAAGGACUACAAGGAGCCACCUCCAGCCCCUUUGUUUGAGCCUGGGGAGAUUAAAUCAUGGUCUUUUUACAGGGCUGGUAUUGCAGAGUUUGUGGCUACCUUCUUGUUCUUGUACAUUACCAUUUUGACUGUCAUGGGGGUUGGUAGAUCAAAUAGUAAGUGUGCCUCUGUGGGCAUCCAGGGGAUUGCUUGGUCCUUUGGUGGCAUGAUUUUUGCACUUGUAUACUGCACUGCUGGGAUUUCAGGAGGGCACAUCAACCCUGCUGUGACCUUCGGUUUGUUCUUGGCAAGGAAGCUUUCCUUGACCAGAGCUAUCUUCUACAUAGUGAUGCAGUGCCUUGGUGCAAUCUGUGGUGCUGGUGUUGUCAAGGGAUUCAUGGAGGGUCCAUACCAGAGGCUACAAGGUGGGGCCAACGUUGUGCAGCAUGGCUACACCAAGGGUGAUGGCCUUGGUGCUGAGAUUGUUGGCACUUUUAUUCUUGUUUACACUGUCUUCUCUGCCACUGAUGCCAAGAGAAACGCCAGAGACUCGCAUGUUCCACUUUUGGCUCCUCUCCCCAUUGGGUUUGCAGUAUUUUUGGUUCAUCUGGCCACCAUCCCCAUCACUGGAACCAGCAUCAACCCUGCCAGGAGUCUUGGAGCUGCCAUUAUUUACAACAGAGAUAACGCAUGGGACGACCAUUGGAUCUUCUGGGUCGGACCCUUCAUUGGAGCUGCUCUUGCUGCUAUUUACCACCAGAUUGUGAUCAGAGCCAUUCCUUUCAAGAGCAGCCAGGCCUGUUAAAUCACUAUCUUAACCUACCACCUUUCGACUUUGUUUCUCUUUAUUCUGUCUAAUUCUCCUCUCUGUUUAUGUUCUGAAUUGUGUGUAAAUUAUGAGGGCUAUGUAUUUAAGCUUUGUUGGAUCUUAUGAAUGAACAACUAUCUAUCUUUUUCCUGCG